AAUAACCCCAAGGUCGAUUUUUUAAACCUUGACAAUGUAUACACACGACAUUUAAAUUUUAGACGUAAAAAGCCGAACAGGUCAAUACAGGUAGAAAUGUCCUCCAAGUCAUGUGAACCUUGUCAUUUCCAUGGGUCAUUGAAAAAUGCUGACUUUUGGUGUACAAAUUGUGAGGAAAUGCUAUGCAAGGAAUGUCGUAAACAUCACCAGUCAUCUAAGGCCACUAGAGGGCACCACCUUUGCACUGUUCAAGAGUAUGAAUUUAUGGAGUCGCAUCCUUUCAAAGUGCCAUCGCGUUGCAACACACAUAACAAGAAGUACGAUGCCUACUGUAUCACUCACGAGCAGCCAUGUUGUAUAAUCUGCGUUACUUCUUGUCAUGGGGGAUGCGCAGGCGUAGUUGCAUUUGAAGACGCGCUAAAAGGUUUUCAAUCAAAAACUGCUCUUUCAGAUCUGGACGAACGACUAAACAAUUUCAGCAUCAAUGUAGAUAAUUUCCAACGCAGUAGGGAAAGAGUAUUGUCUGAUUUAGAACAACAGAAGGAGAGAAUUGAACAUGUAAUCACGGAAAAAAGACGAGGGAUUAACGAAUAUCUGGAUAAGAUUGAAGAUAGACUCCGAGGCGAGUUAAAAUCGAAAUACAUCAAGUGCAUAGGUGAUAUCAAGAUUCAAGCUGAUAGAAUAAAACAAAAGCAAGGGAAAGUUGAGGAAAUCAAGUCAAAUUUUGAACAAGUAAAAGAAAAGAAAACAGGCGUACAAUUGUUCUUAGCUACGGGUGAAAUACAUGCAAUGGUUUUGGAACAAGAAAAUUUCGUAGAAAACAUUUAUGAGAGCCUUCAUAAGUACGACAUGUCUGUUACAUUUGAUGACACAGCAAACAAUUUAUUAAUGGCUUUACCCAACCUGGGCAAUAUUCAUAUCACUGAGUCUCCUUGCCGAAUCUCUAUGAUACUGGGACCGUCAAAGACACCACUUGUAGACGUACCUUGGAUUUUCAAACCAGUGCAACUCAAGCAGACAAAAAAGAUUUCUGUGAAGAAGGGGGAUAAUGGCCUUUAUAUAAACAGUGGGGUUAUAAUUGGGGAUGGACGAAUAGUCUUGACGGACAAAUAUAAUAACCGUUUGAUAGUCUACGCAGAAUCUGGAGUAUUUCAGCGCGAUAUUCCACUGUCUUGCUCGCCAUGGGACGUUACGGAAGUGGAGAAAAGUCACGUUGCCGUCUCCCUACCUGACAGCAGUUUGGUUGAAGUCGUUGAUAUCAACAAGGGAAAAAUUGUAAAUAAAUUUAACAUUUCCGGACAAUGUUCCGGAAUAUCAUUUACAGGCGAUAAUAUUUGUGUAGCCGUUGCUGGCGACGGUAUACAAGUUUUAGACAUGAAAGGAAACAAAGUGAAGACACUUCCGGUUGAUGUAACCAGGGAAACGUUCAUGACGGGUGACAUUGAUAAACUCUACUAUACACAUUACACAACACACACUGUACACUGUACAACAAUUGACCAUGAACAAGUGUACAAAUUCAACCAUGAUGAACUUAAUUUUCCACAGGACCUCAGUGUUGACGGGGAAGGUCACGUAUUUGUUACCGGUUUCAUUUCUAAUACUCUACUGUGCGUUUCUCCUGACGGUCAGCAUAGGCAGGUGCUUUUACGACAAUCAGAUGGGUUAAAUUCUCCGACGGCUGUAUUCUUUGACAAGAAAAAGAAAUUAUUACUAGUCUGUACGAAUUCGGCUAGUACAGUGUCACUCUAUGAAAUUUUGCAUUAAUUACCUACUUCGAAAAAAUUUAAGGAAACGUUCGCUCGUCUCAUAUAAUAGUCUGGCUAUUUCCGAUUCUGAAAGAACGAUUUCAUCAAUGAUUCUGUAAGAACGAUUACAGCGAUGAUUCUGUAAGAACGAUUUCAUUGAUGAUUAUGUAAGAACUUUUUCAUCGAUGAUUCUGUAAGAACGAUUUCAUCGAUGAUUCUGUAAGAACGAUUACAUCGAUAUUUCUGUAAGAACGAUGAUUCUGUAAGAACGAUUACAUCGAUUGACAGAUCUGGUUAUAUUGUUAUAUUUAGAGUUACUUCUCUUGUGUCAUACUAGUACUGAAGUUAACGUUGUAGUUUAUUUUGAUUUCUUUGUUUGUGUCUUGAAUUUACUAGGUCACAUGUUUAUGUUUUAUUUACAAUUAUAGAUUCUAUUUAACCUGA